AUGAAGAAUAACUUAUUUUUUGAUGUGCAACGACAACUGCUUAUUCAAAUAAUAUCGAAAAUAGUUCCUUCCUUAAAGAUCCAAUUGAAAUCAUCUACAGGAUAUGGCAAUAUUACAUGCAGAACUCCGGUGGGUCGGUUUAUUACAAUCUUAUAUGCUCUGUUUGGUAUUCCGAUGAUGCUAGCUGUACUGAACGUGAUUGGAAAGGGCCUGUUUGGGCAAGCUCAAAGCUCCUAUAUAACGAUUAGGAGAAGAAUACGUCGAUUCAAGAGAUCACGUGGACUCGAUAGAGCUGGGACCAUCGAAACCGUCACAACAGAGGACCAUGGAAAGGACUCUGCUGAAAAGGAUGAUAAUGGACUGUUUGAGACAUUCCCUAUGUCCUUAGCUAUUCUUCUAGUAUUCAUCUAUAUGUUUCUAUGCUCUGUCCUAUUUUCCAUUUGGGAGCAAUGGGACUUUUUUACUGCUGUGUACUUCUCAUUCAUCUCAAUGAGUACUGUCGGUUUUGGCGAUGUCAUACCAGGACAACCGAGAUAUGCCUGCGUUUUCUUUGCAUUUUACUUUGUUGGACUGGCGCUGUUCUCAAUGUGUUACGCGAUCAUUCAGGUUCGUUGGGAAAACCAGUACAUGUGGGCGCUCCAAUUGAUUGAUCAAGAACAUCAAGAGUUACUUGAACAUCAAGACAUUUCCGAUGAGCACGACGAAAAAGAUCAAAAACCAACAGCUGAUAAUACUUCCUCCAUACGGUGGCGUUCAUCGCACUAUGACAGCUCAGCAAGCGAAGAUACACACACAGAAGAUACUAAUCGGCGUAGUACUGUUUCACAAGGUCGUUCAGUGUUGUUGGACUCGAAAGAUAUGCCCGUUCUUCCGCCCCCAGUACUUGGCGUUUUUCUGUCACGUUCAAUUUCAACGAGGCAGCAGAGUAAACUGACAAGAUCCGAAAGCGCUCUGAGUCGUAGAGCCAGACGGUGA